CACACUUACUUUUUCUGUAUCUAUAUUCUCUCUAUAAUCCUCACUUAACCAACCCUUCCAUGAUGCCACCUCUUUAACAUUCUCAACAUUUUUUCUUCAUUAACCGUUUCUAUUAAAAAUUGAAAUGUCGAAACCGUCACCGGCACCGGAAACCAUCAAACCGGAAGAUUACAUUCACAGCAAAGUUCAUUACGCCGUUGCGACAGGCGAUCACACUACACUCUCACGCAUCAUAUCCACUUUACCCCGUUUAUCCGACCCGACCCGGAUCCGAACCGAAUCGGAUUCAUUAAAACAAGAGAAACUCUCCGAUCAAAUCUCCGCCGUCCUGGACAGGCGUGAUAAUAUCAAACGCGAAACGCCUUUGCAUUUAGCCGUCAAAACUAACAACACGCGCGCGGCACGUGCACUCGCGAACGCCGGAGCCGACGUGUCGUUACAAAACGCCGACGGAUGGAACGCGUUACAAGAAGCGGUGUGCCGGAGAUCCACGGAGAUGGUGGCGAUCCUCGUACAGCACCACCACGUGUCGGCAUGGUUGAAAUGGCGCCGCCGGUUGCCACGUGUCCUCGCCGUCCUCCGCCGUAUGCGUGAUUUUUACAUGGAAAUAUCCUUCCAUUUCGAAAGCUCAAUCGUUCCGUUCGUCGGAAAAAUCGCUCCGUCAGAUACUUACAAGAUCUGGAAACGUAACGGUAACUUACGCGCCGACACGUCACUUUCCGGUUACGACGGUUUAAAAAUCCAACGCGCGAAUCAAAGCUUUGUAUUCUUAGGCGACGGUGAUGAGAAUUUAGACAUUCCUUGUGGUAGUUUAUUAGUUUUAAAUCAUGAUGAGAAAAAAAUAUUCGAUGCAUUUGAAAACGCGGGAAAUCCGUUAUCCGAUUCCGACAUUUACGGAUUUGUUAACCAGACUAGUGUGUAUAGACCAGGAAUGGAUGUAACGAAAGCCGAAUUGUGCCCGAGAAUUAAUUGGAGAAGACAAGAGAAAGUUGAAAGUGUUGGUGAAUGGAAAGCGAAAGUUUAUGAUAUACAAAAUGUUUGUUUUAGUUUUAGAUCUCGAAAAAUCGUUUCAAAUAAUAAUGAAGACAGUAGCGGUGUAAUGCCGUUUGAAUUGGAUUUAGAUGACGGAGAUGACGGUUUUUUAGUUGCGGAAAAUCCGCGGUUUAGUACCGCUGGACCGCCGCCUCCAAGGAGGCAUAGUAGUUAUAAUUACAAUGAAAGGGAGGUUGUAAGUGUGAAUAGGAAGAGUGUUGAUAUUGUGUUAACGGAAGGGAAAGGGGGGAUGGGGAUGGAAAUGGGUGGGGGUCGAGGGAGGAUGCGGCAUUAUCCUCCCAGGCCCCACACGAUGCCGAUUAUGACGGCGAAGGUGCAUACGAAAGAAAAAGAGUAUGUGAAAUCGUUAAAGCCUUCGGUUUGGUUAACGGAGGAUUUUCCUUUACAAACGGAGGAAUUGAUUCCGUUGCUUGAUAUUCUGGCUAAUAAAGUUAAAGCUGUUAGACGUAUGAGGGAAUUGCUCACUACCAAGUUUCCUCAAGGCACUUUUCCGGUCAAGGUGGCUAUCCCGGUGGUGCCAACAGUAAGAGUGUUGAUAACGUUCACAAAGUUUGUUGAGCUCCAACCGCCCGAAGAGGAGUUCUUUACACCCUUCUCAAGUCCACGGCACUUGUUUAAUGAUAGAGGAAAGGAUGAUGGUAGUGAUGACGACGGUGAAGAUGACGAUAAAGGAAUACAUCGUGCUUCUGUUUCCUCUUCGUGGUUGUCAAGAAGUAGUAGCCGGUCAGGGAGCUUGAUGAAUAAAUUGCCGCAAAAAAAAUCGACAGCACAAUUGACUGAUCCUUUUGUUAUACCAAUCGGGUAUGCUUGGAGUAGUUUCAAUGAAAAUGGGAAGAAAAUGAAGAAAUCUAAGUCCACGAGUAGGAAAAUUAAGUGAACGCGACAUGUAAUAAACCAGUUGUUAUCUAAUUUCGUAAGGUGGAAAUAGCUAGUUUGUAAUCUCUUUCUUUUA